CUUUCCCUUCUCACUGUCGCCAUCGUCGUAGUCGUCAUAAGUUUUCUUCAAAUUCAUAAAGAAAAAUGGAAGAGAAUAAUAGAACCGAAACACUCUGCAAAGUAUGCGGCGACAAAGCUUCUGGGAAACAUUAUGGAGUACCGAGUUGCGACGGGUGCCGUGGUUUCUUUAAAAGGUCAAUCCGCAGAAAUUUAGAUUACGUCUGCAAAGAGAACGGGCGUUGCAUCGUGGACGUUUCAAGACGUAAUCAAUGCCAAGCCUGUCGUUUUACAAAAUGUCUUCAGGUCAACAUGAAACGAGAUGCGGUACAACAUGAAAGAGCACCGAGAAGUACUUCGAACCUUGUGGCUGCUGCAAGAAGAGCUCCAGCUGGUCUUUAUCCAGGACUACCUCACGUUUAUCACACGACAAACAAUCCUUAUCAUCCACUUCUUUAUCCGGCAUUAUUUCCUUUCAAGCCGACAAUGCCCCCAUUUGCACCGGCCGUUGCACAUUUUUUACCAAGAACCUCGACAGAAUCAUUAUCGGUGAGCACAGCGAAGGAAGACGAGGUAACGAGUUCCGAAGAAGCUGCAACAGUUGAACCGAGGCUCGAACAAAAAGAAGAACUAGUCGGUGGUACUCGUCUUGUUCCACAAAUCAUCAGUCCUGUCACUGCGGAAUAUACGAUGUCAAGUUUUUCAUUGUUGCCGACGGAAAAUGUUUACGAGUUUGCAGCUAAAUUAUUAUUCUUUGCUGUAAGAUGGGCCAGAAGUAUACAUUCAUUUUUACAAUUACCAUACCGAGAUCAAACUAUAUUGCUAGAAGAAUCAUGGAGUGAAUUGUUCGUACUUACGGCGGCCCAAUGGAAUUUUCCCGUUGAAGAAAGUACUUUGGUUCCUGGUGAUUUAUCUACGGAAAGACGAGAGAUAUUAAUCGAUGAAGCAAGAAGACUUAGAGAAUUAUUAGCUAAAUGCUCGUUGCUAAGGGUCGAUCAUUCGGAAUACGCGUGUUUGAAAGCCAUCGUCCUUUUCAAGGGUGAAUCGAGAGGUCUCUGCGAACCUGGCAGAGUUACCGCGUUACAAGAACAAACCGUAGCAGUUUUGUGCGAACGUGACGCACGAAGGGUCGGUCGAUUAUUGUUGCUAUUACCACCGGCGCGUGCAUUGUGCCGAUCUACCCUUCAAGAGCUUCUUUUCAAGCCCACCGUCGGUGACGUCAGCGUGGAAAGAUUACUAGGAGAUAUGGUCGGUGCGCUCAGGCCAACUUAGCAGCCAUCGUCGUCGAACGUGGACGUCGACUGAGA